AUGGAAGGAAAUUGGGGAGGAGAGGAGACAAAAGAGCGAGAUUUGUGGUCUCCAAGGAAGACGGGUGGGGUAAGAGGCGACCAAAAAAUAAAAAUUUGUCCGGAGGACGGUAAAAACUUUAUUUUUCUCUAUUCAAAACUCACUUAAUCCCAUAAAAGCCUCAUAAGUUUAGCUAAAACCUGAAUAUUAUAUAAAGUAUAAACAACCGAUGAUGUGGCUAUGUAAACACAAAAUGCAUAAAAAAUGCGGGAAAACAUUGCAAAGUGCAGAUUGACCUCUAAUGCAGUUAUGCUGCAAAAAAAUUCAUGAGAAACUGAAUUAAAUCUCGCUAUGUUUAAAAGACUGUAACAUUAUAGCAGUUACAUUUUUUACAGCCAUUUUUGAUGGGAAAAUAAACUGAGGGUAAUUUGUCAUUUUCAGUCUCUGAACCCCAACAAAGAUUAGUGAUCUUUGACCGCAAAUAUUGCCCAUGAGACCCAUAAAAAUGGCUGCAAAUCUCCCCUCCAGACAGGUACAACCAUUGUCACAUCCAUUCCCAACGUAGUCUCAUAAAUGAUGAGAUAAAAAGAAGACUUUAAGGGCCGGAGCAACAAAGGACACGAGCAUCACUCAAAGGCUCUCGAAAAUAAUUAAAAUUCCACUCAAGUCGUUAGUUAACCUGUGCCCUUAAAUGCAGCCCCCGGAACCUCAACGGCGCGCCAAGAAAAACGGGCCCCGCCAGUCCGGAAAGUGUCUUUUGAAAUGGUAAAAAAGAAAGUUUCUGAAAGGAAAAUGACCCGGCUGUCCCUGGCCGAACACGCCGGAGGUGAUAAACAUCGGGAGCAGCCAGAAAAGAAGGCCAGGUUCUGCAGCCCCAAUAAGGCAAUGGACUUUUGA